AUGUCUUCCCACAAGGAUUGGUCAAUGUUCAACAUGGGUUGGUCUUUCCAGAUAGGCUCUACUAGAGCAAACAUCGAGCCUAUAGACCCACUUCAGACAACACCAGAGUCUCAGCUGAAUGUUAGCAACCAGAUCAGCCAGAAUAGGGGAAAGCAGAUCAGCAGAGGUCAGACUAACAAGGUUCGAGCAACACUCCAUCCACAUUCAGCAAUCAAGCUCUUUGGCCAAAUGUUGAUUGUUAAUGUCAAUUUCCAUCCCGAGAAUGGUCAGGAGUCUACACACGUUCCAACUCUGAUGAAAGUCCUCCCAGAGUAUGGUACCUUCACACGAUUUAUUCAUAUUAGAUUCCACGACGAGCUUUCAGAUAUAGACACUGCCGAGGGUUAUCAACGCAGAGAGGCUAUUCAAAGUAUCAUAUCUAUGCUAAACAGUUUCCAGAACAUCAAGCGGUUCACUGCCGUGAGGACUGGUCGACAAGCAUAG